GCUGGGGGAGCUCGCGGCAGAGGCUCUGCCGGCAGUUCGAGGUCGGGAUGCGCCGCGCGCCAGAGGGGGGCGGCCCCGGCACCCAGGAGCUCAGCGCUGGAUAUAUGUAAGAAUGGCUGCGUUGUUCCUUUCCUUGUUACUUUAUUUCUGGAUCUCAAAGUGGCUAUAAUCCUGAAGAAGAAGACCAAAUGUCUUAAUAAAUUAUGGCAAACAAUCCACUGAUAUAACAUCAUUCUGGAAAAACAAAAAUUUUGUUGAAAAAAAUUGGAUGUAGAAGUCCUCCAAUAAAAGGAGAUAUUUAAAGUUUUCAAGGCUUUCAGCAAUCCAGGUCUUACAAAAUGAACCGUUACACAACCAUGAAACAACUUGGCGACGGCACCUAUGGCAGUGUGCUCAUGGGAAAGAGCAAUGAGUCAGGAGAGCUUGUGGCUAUCAAAAGAAUGAAAAAAAAGUUCUAUUCUUGGGAUGAAUGUAUGAAUUUGAGAGAAGUCAAGUCUCUUAAGAAACUGAAUCACGCCAAUGUGAUAAAACUGAAAGAAGUUAUCAGAGAAAAUGACCACCUUUAUUUUGUGUUUGAGUAUAUGAAGGAAAAUCUCUAUCAGUUAAUGAAGGACAGAAACAAGUUGUUCCCUGAGUCAGUCAUCAGAAAUAUUAUGUAUCAAAUAUUACAAGGGCUAGCUUUUAUCCAUAAGCACGGUUUUUUCCAUCGGGAUAUGAAGCCGGAAAACCUUCUCUGUAUGGGUCCAAAGCUUGUGAAAAUAGCUGAUUUCGGAUUGGCUAGAGAACUAAGAUCUCAACCACCGUACACAGAUUAUGUUUCCACCAGAUGGUACCGUGCUCCUGAAGUUUUGUUGAGAUCUUCUGUUUAUAGCUCUCCUAUUGAUAUAUGGGCUGUUGGUAGCAUAAUGGCUGAACUGUACACGCUGAGACCUCUUUUCCCAGGGACAAGUGAAGUAGAUGAAAUCUUCAAAAUUUGCCAAGUAUUAGGGACUCCAAAGAAGAGUGACUGGCCAGAAGGGUACCAGCUUGCAUCUGCCAUGAAUUUCCGCUUCCCACAAUGUAUCCCUAUGCACCUCAAAACUCUCAUUCCAAAUGCCAGCAAUGAGGCAAUACAGCUUAUGACUGAUAUGCUAAACUGGGAUCCAAAGAAACGACCUACAGCAAGUCAGGCUUUGAAAUACCCUUAUUUUCAAGUUGGCCAAGUUUUAGGACCUCCUCCACAAUAUUUGGAACAGAAACAAUCUGUUGUUAAACCUGGUCAGCCAACAGAGCCAAAGCCAAAUCUACCGAAAUUAGAACCUGUAUCAAAACUAGAAUCUGUAUCCAAGCCAGAAUCUCAGUCUUCACCUGAUGCACUUGACGAGAGUCAGCCACAACUUCCGUCAAAGAUUAAUCACCAACCUCUCCAGCAAAGCCAGCUGCCACAGAAUACAACUAACCAACAACUACCCCAACAGCAGCAGCCGCAACCACUUCUUCCAGCCAUCAAUAAAAACUCAUCACCAAAGCAAGCAGUCACAGGCCCACAAAAUGGUGCAGUUGGUCUUAAAAAUUGCAGGAGACGAUGGGGUCAGGCUCUGUUAAAGACUGUGGACAGUUGGGAUGACUUGGAGGACACAGAAUUUGGAAUUUCAUAUUCCAAGAAGCCCAGCAUUUCACAGUUAAAGGAAAAGAAAACAAAAGAGUUUCUGUUUAGCAUGCCAGAGCCAAAGGCCUUGGGCUGUAUCCAGUCAGGAGGGGAAAGCAAAGCUCUGAUGCGAAAUGACUCUGGAAUAUCAACUACAUCAGCAAAACAAUACUACCUGAGACAAUCAAGAUAUCUUCCUGGUGUAAACCCUAAGAAUGUCUCCUUAGUAGCAGCCAGUAAAGAAGGCUCUCAAGGAAUCUGGAACAAUUCAUUGUUUUCUAAACCACUAGGGCCUACUGGAGGAGGUCUGUCUUUUAACAGAACGAAUGCAGAAGAAAACAUAAUUAAACCAAUUGAAAAACUAUCAUGCAAAGAAAGGUUGAAUGAAAAAUUAGAGGAGCCAAAAGGUGCUGCUUACAACCCGUCUGGAGGAUAUAUCCCUUCCUUUCAUAAAAAAGAAGUUGGAUCUGCUGGACAAAGGAUACAACUAGCUCCUCUUGGUGCAUCAGCAUCAGAUUAUUCUUGGAAAACCAAAGCUGCUCGUGCUCAAUUACCAGGCCCUAUUUACAAUCCAGCUGCAAAAAACAUGACUAUCCUGACCCGCCCACCUCCAGUUCAACCAGUACAUGGAAGAACAGACUGGGUGGCCAAAUAUGGAGGACAUAGAUAGAAGCCCUGUCUCAUGAUGCAGUUUUCAUGCAAGCUACAUUGUCAUCCUACACUGGGAAUCUGAAAUGCAUAUUUCCCUUAAUUUCUGUUAAGACUGUGCAACAAUAGAAAGACUGGAGAUCUUGUAUUUUAUUUCUUCUGCAGGUAAUAAAAUACAUUUUACAUAGCAAUAUUCAAAACACUGGCUAAAGGAUGGGAUUUUAUGAAAUAGCAUAUAAGGCAUCUUGCCAAAAUUGAGUAUUUGAACUACUAAUAGAAAAAGUGUACAUUUUAUUAGAAAACUUUCUGUAGACCCAAUUGCUGCCCCGUACAUUCUUAAAAUUGCUUGACUUUAAUUUGUCCUAUAUGAGUAAUCCUGCACUGGUGAUUUAUGAAGUAACAACUGGCUUCUGAAUGGAUGCUGCUUCCUUGUGCAAGUUCCUUUCUAUGAAGUUGAACAGUGAAAGCACAGAUAGUGUUCUGAGGAGAAAGAUAUGCUGUGUUGCUAGCUAAACAAAGGUCCCAGCACUGAGCUAGAUGUGUUUGGUGUUUCCUUAGGGAUAGUCUCUGCACAAUUGUAUACAUUGGUGAGCCCUUACUCCUACAAGCAGGCCAUGGAACUAUUUGUUUGUAAGUACUCACCAACAAGAGAAAGGGUUGCAUUAUUUAGCCCUAAGCUGUGUAGUGAUGGGAGUUUGGGAACACAAGUAGUGAAUGCUACAGUCAUGGGGCCAAGGUACCCUAGGACUUUAAAAAAAACCCUGCUAUUAUAAUUAAGCUAUAUGUAGAUUAGGCCACAGUUCUGUAGCUUCCCCUCCCCCGCCCACAUUGCCCAGUUGAAGUCUUAACGAGGUUACAAAGAAUCAGUUAUGCAGUAUAUUUGGCUUAUUGACUGGCUAAUUCACCAAAACACUAGCUAACUGGUUAGUUAACUCCCAUUGAACUGUAGUGUCUUUUCUUAGUGACCAUAAAAUUAAACUAUAGAAUUCCUCACUACUUACAAAAAUUCACCAAACUACAAAAGACUGGAAAUGAGACUGUUAGUGGAAGAAAAAUUUUAAGAUUGUUUUCCUUAUUGAAGUAAGGAUCCAACUCCUGGUUUAUAAUAAGUAUACAAACUCCUCUGAUGCCAGUAGGAGGUAUGCAAUAGUCAAAGAUCUAUAAACUUAUCCAUCAACAACACAUUUCUUCUAAUAGGUUAUAUUUUAAUAUGCUAAAUCAAGGACUUCAUAUCUUCCAAGAAGCUGUUGGGGGUUUUUAAAACGUUAUCCUGGGAUGUGUGCUGUUAAAAUCUGCAUUUAAAGUAGAAAUUGUAGACUUAAUAGCUACAUUAAAUCUGCCAUUUUAAAAUCCAAAAUGUGUAUGUAUUCUGUACUUUUAAAGGUAUAAAAACUGUUACGGAUUGAUCCAAGUAUUGUAAAAAGUAUUUUGUAUAGAUUUUAUGAGUGUAUAAAAAUUUUUAGUUCUUCUUGUAGACCUAAUUUGCCAUAAUCCAGUGGUUAUGUAAUUUACAGGUGCUCAAUUUAAUCAGAGGCAGACUAGCCAUAAAAAGUAAACUAUUUUGCUAUGAAAACUUCACCCUAAAUAGUAGCUAAAUAAAAUGUCACCAUGUAAUACUGGAAAAGUUGUUAAUAGUAUCUAUAGUGUGAUGUAGGAAUUUCUGAUUAGUAUUUACUACAGAGGACUUCAAUCCCAUGUUGUGUUUUUCUUUACUGGUUUGUCAGUUCUUCAAAACUAAUCCUCCUUGUAUUAUUUAAAGGCAGUUUUUAAUAUGCUAUUUAAUUACUGGUUAUGUUACUAAAGGACAGACAGACUUUCAAAACAGGCCUGGUUCAUUAGUGCACUGUGAAUAGGAAAGCAUUGACUUCAUAAUAAAGAUCACUUCUCAGGAGUACAA